AUGCCUUGCAGCAUCCAUUCCCUACCCAAUGAGAUUCUGAUCCAAAUCCUCGCUCCCUUCCCCGUUCGCUCUCUCCUCUCAAUAGCACCCACAUCUCCACGUUUCUCCUCCCUCAUCCUGCGCAUCCUCCACUACCGUCUCCUUCUUGCUGCAUCUCUAGGCUCCCACAAACUCAUCCUGGAAGCCUACCAUCCCAUUCGCAAGUACAGCGAACCCUACCUCUUCUGCACCUACCUCAGCACCCCAGGCCUGUCAUCAGCCCACGAGGGCGAGGGUUCCUUGUACGAAAACACCACGGUAGGCGGGCGAUUCUCAAAGCUGAACCAGUUGUAUUCAUGCUUCCGACCCGAACGGCCAGGCGUGGAGGGCAAUGUGCCUAAACGUCCAUACCUAGCCGGCGGAACAGGAAGCCAAGCAGACUCCAGCUCCGCGUCUCAACCCAUCUUCACUGACAACGGCGACGGCGGAAAUCAAAAGAUCGAGCACAUCAUCAACCUAGACAGCCACGAGCUCUUCAGCCAGUUCUGCACCAUCGCAAACCUCGUCACCAUCGGGCCCAGACGAGGCGUCUUCCUAUCAGUCGUCAACGUCGAGGACAAGGUCAUGCGAGUCUGGCGCGAAUGGCUGGAAGAGCGAGCUCGAGCCUCAAGAGAAGAAGAGAAGAGGCAAAGCAAGAACAAGCAGCGGCGAGAAGCGGCGACAGAAGCCACCAACUUCGAUACAACGGUCGAGGAGACGGAGCUGCAGGAACAGAAGCAUGAGCAGGCGCGUGACAUCGGCUCCUCCCCCUCCAUCCUCUGGACCGACCACAACCGCAACGUCGGCCUCCUCGUCACAAUCAAAGACCGCAAAUGGCGCGCCGGGCCCGGACCGCUCCUCGUAUCCGCAGACGAAGAACAACCCGCUAGCUACUCAAUCGAGAUCAAAGAACUGGUAGUGCGCACCACACACCUCAUGCUGGCGGUCGAGGAGACGCAGGGACAGCAGACCAACAUCUCGGGUAAGGCGAUGAUUUUUGGCUCAUUUGCUAGGGCGGCAGAUGCCACAACGGCUUAG